UUAAUUUUGAUGAACCUUGUGCUCCUAAAGGCACAAUUGAGUUGAAUUCCCUUAAUAAGAUGGUCUAGCACCUCUUGAUAUUCCGGUCUUGGAAGCUGGAGAUGGAGAAAUUAAGAAAUAGGUGAAAGCUUGCGAUCUCCGCAACGACAAACUUCAUCUCAAAAUUGGGUUGUUUCAGUUCAAGAUUCAUCAAAAGACCAACCAAGCAGGCAAGCAGAGACUGAGAAGGGACCAGCCGCCCCCCAUUUAAGCAGCUGCAGGACUACUUCGAAUACGAUAAGACUAAAGAUGCUCCGGGAAAAGCAUGGAUGAAUACUUAAAUUGGAUAAAUGAACAGCUCAAAGAAUAUGUUAGGUAGGAUAAAUACUUUGAACACAAGACUUACCAACAAAUAAAUAUGUAAAUACAAAUACUGUGAUCAGAGGACAAUCACUAGUUUGAUGACCGAAUCCAUGGCUAAGGACAAUCACUGUGAUCAGAGGACAAAUGCAAUUAGACCUUUGAUUUGUGUUUCGAAUCCAUGGCUAAGGAUUCUGACUUCAAGAUUCUUAUCACUUGUGCAAGGCCUUGAGGAAGUGAUACUAUAGUUGUUAGCUUCAGAAGAAUGGAUGAAAGGCUGUGUGAGAUUGCCAGGACAGGAAACGUGGAAGACUUGCUGAAACUAACAGAAGAUCAUCCCCUUUUGCUGCAUACUGUUUUGUUGGAAGGUGGAGAAAAUCCACUACACAUUGCUUGUAUUGCAGGGCACGUUGGCUUUGUGAAGAAGGUGAUUGAGCUUAAGAAAGAAUUCGCUAUGGAGCUGAAUCAAAAUGGUAUGACCCCAUUGCAUAUUGCCUCUGCAGCUGGGAAUAUCGAGAUUGCAAGAGAGCUGCUGAAAAUAGAUAGCAAUCUUUGCCUGGUCAAGGGAAGAGAGCAAAGGAUUCCUCUUCACUGUGCAGCAGUAAAAGGAAGAGUCGAAGUUGUUGAAGAACUGCUUGGAGCUUCUGGAGAUUCCAUAGCUUACGUAACAGCUCGUAAUGAGUCUGUGCUUCACCUUGCAGUGAUGAACUAUCAAUAUGAGGUUCUCAAGGUCUUAGUGGAGCACCUGAAGAAAUUCAACAAAGAAGACAUCGUAAACCAAAAGGAUGUCCAGGGAAGCACAGUUCUUCACCUUGCAGUAUCAAGAAGACAAUUCGAGGUGAUUUCCCUGAUGCUUGAUGAAGAGUUCGUCAACAAGAGUGUGCUGGACAUAAAUUCCUUAAACAAUGCAGGUCUCACGCCUCUGGAUGUUUUGCUGAUUUUUCAAAGCGAAGCAGGUGACAGAGAAAUCGAGGAAAUGCUAAGAAGGGCAGGAGGUGCAAGGGCAAGACACUUCUCCCUUCAAUCUCUAGAGGCUGAUAGAACCGCUACAUCUGAUGUUGACGAAGGAAGGCCGCAAUCGCCUGCUAAACAAUUGCUGAACUAUUUCAAAUACGACACCAUCAAAGACUCCCCAGCUAGAGUAAGAAACACCCUCCUUGUGAUUGCUGUUCUCAUUGCAACAGCCACUUAUCAGGCUGUGCUUAGUCCUCCGGGUGGCGUUUGGCAGGACGACUCAAAUGAUCAUGUUGCUGGGAAGUCAGUAAUGGGUUCACACAACCCAAUAGCAUACAGCCUCUUCCUGGUUUCCAACUCUGUUGGAUUCUUUACAUCCCUUCACAUAAUCUGCCUCCUCACAAAUGCAUUCCCUCUGCAUCUAGAACUUCAAAUCUCAAUUUUUGCACUUAUCUUUACUUAUGAUACCUGUAUGACUGCUAUCGCGCCCAGCAGCCGGAUAUCUAUCAUGUUCACUGUCAUCUCUAUAGUCCUUCCAUUUCUGGCACCAGUUUUGAGCACUGGGUUGAGAAACUACCUCAAGGCACCAAGAUGUGAAUUGCCACUUACAUCCAACUCAAAUUCUAGGUAGGGUACUGAUACCAAGGGCAUGAUUUGUAAUUUCUGUGCAUUUCCAUGCUUUUCUUUCCAGAUUUACUACUUGGUUUUACAUGUAUGACUGUUAAUUCAGGUUGAAGCUAUUGUACCUUCUUGUACUAGUCUACUAGACAAUACACUAUCUAUAGUCUCUUAAAAUUCUUGCAUACCAUGAUACUUAUUCUUAGUUGAUGCGA